AUGUCGUCCUCCGCUUCGAUCCCAACGUCAACCACAUCGGAACCACCGGUAACCCAAGUACCAACGACUACUGAACCUUCAACAUCAUCUUCCACAUCAACAUCUUCUUCUUCUUCUUCCUCUUCUUCUUCUUCUUCUUCUUCGUCUUCCACGGAUCCACCUGCAGAACCCACGACGACGAGCACAACGUCGCGCACGACGUCGACGAGAUCAACAACAACAUCGUCAUCAUCAACAACCACAAAAACAACAGAUCCUGUCCCAACCACCACUUCCGCAUCAGAAACUAGCCGUACUGUCGAUGUCGUCACAACUAUUAUAACACAAACACCAACCAAUGGUUCCACGGGAGUAGAAACUCUCACGAUAACUUCGACGGAUACAUCGAUCCCGACAGCCACUGUAGGAACAGCGGCGGAUGGCGUUUCUGCCACUGGAAAUAAUUCAUCAGCUACAGGAACAUCCGGGAGUUCGGCCGGUACAAUAGCAGUUGCAGUGGUUGUGCCGGUCGCUUCUGUGGCUUUGAUUGUACUUGCAGCCCUCUAUUUCUGGAGGAAAUGGAAAGCAAAGAAGGCUGCAGAGGAGGAGCGACGAAAAGAGGUAGAGGAAUAUGGUUUCAACCCGAAUAAUGAUCCAUCUCUUCCGCCUAUAAUGGGCGGAAGUGCCUUUGAGCCUAAAGAUGAUACCUCCGGGUAUCGGGGAUGGGGUACCACAUCGGCAGGCCGUAAAGCGUCCACUAAUCUUUCAAGCAGUGCUGGGGUGGGGCUAGCCAUGUCUGAGGCUGGGAGCGCGCCUGGAUAUCACCACACCGCUACGCCAAGUGACGGGACUAUCCAGUACUCCGAGGGUCAAGGGACCCUAGGGGAAACUGAGCCAAUCGGCGUUCUUGGUGCUGCUCCAGCGGCAGCAACGAACAAUCGGAAUGCCGAUAUUCAUCGUGGUCCCUCAAAUGCCUCAUCUGCAUAUUCUGCAGCCAACCGAUCAGAGGCCUCGGAGGAAAGCCAUAUGUCCGCUACGCAUCCGACCGGCGCCUAUUACGACGAUAACCCAUACUAUAGUGAUAUGCAGCCGCAGUAUGGGGCUUACGGUGAUGGUCCAUACGGCGGUGCCCCCCCUGUCAUCCGGGACGUUCAGGCACGGCGCAACACCCGUAUCGAGAAUCCGGCCGUGUUUCCGAGGCAAGGAAAUGCAGGUAUCGCCCAGAACUUCUAG